AUCAACAGGGCCUCCAAAUCGGUGUUGUUUACAUUCAAUAGACGCUCAGUUCGAUUCAUGCCAAAAGGUAUUUUUGAGAACUGCAGUGACUGUUCGCACAAGACGGUCACAAAAGACUCUAAAAAUGAUCAAGAAACUCCUAUGAUGUGUGAAGACGAUGAGAACAUCACGCAAGUAGGUCAGUCAUCGAAAUUGUUUGGGUCAUUAUUGGCGGGAAAUACCAGCCAAGGCGAAGACUCUGACAGCUCGACAAGCUCGUAUGAGUCCCGGCGGCGCAAGAGGGAGCAUCCAAGCCCUGACACGACGACGGUCGAAGCUCGAGACUCGAAGAAAGUUCGGUCGGUCGCAGUUCGAGUCAGUCAUGGUUCUAGUUCAGACGGUGAUUCAGCCGGUCAAGAUAAAACUAGCGCGUUAAAGAGUGUAAUGGAUUAUAAGGGACAUGACCACGAUUGUGAGGACAGCAGGAAGAAGAAAGCCAAGAAAAGGGAAAGCCCAGACUUUUGCAAGAUUAGAACUAAACGAGAAAGCGAGCCUACAAGGAAAUUCUUCAGGAGACGAAGAAGUUCUUCGAGCGAGCGAACCAUGCCACGGAGCAGCAGGUCUGAGUCUCCUUACAGGAGUCGCGAGCCAUGCCGCUCCCAGCCCGCCCACCACCACUCCAGGUGCCAAGGCGGAAGGAGGACAUCUUGGCCGAAUUUCAAGCGAGAUUUUAACGCGGACCUCGCCGGAAGGAGGGACGUCCACAUGGGCUGCCGCUCCGCUAUGGGACAUAACCUCGCAGACGUCACGCAUCUGAACGGCGCUGUCUCACUCACGCGCGCGCAGGCCAUAAUGCAGGCUCCGAUCAUCACUUGUCAUCACUGCAACAACAGCGUUACGAUGUCAUCGUGUUUAUGCGCAUCUCAGAGUCUACCUUGCGCCUCACCUGACAUGUCGAGGUGUCGUAUCCGAGACUCUGGCAAACCCAACCCUUUCUACUCGUCGACGUGGAACAUGGACUGCAAGGUCUACAUAGGCAACCUCGGGGAGAACGCCACCCGCUCGGACAUCCGGGAAGCCUUCAGCAAAUACGGCCGACUCAAGAACCUGUGGAUUGCCAAGAAGCCUCCCGGGUUCGCCUUCGUGGAGUACGAUCGGCCCAGGGAUGCCAGGCUCGCCGUCAGGGAAGCGCACGGAAGGGUGGUGUGUGGGGGGAGGAUAAAGGUACAAAUGUCAACAAGUGAUCGCCACACGAACGAGGUGGUCCAGCUUCCUCCAAGGCCUGCUCAGCAACCACACCACGAGUCCUGGUCACGCAAUAGAUUCGGCAGAGCUCGUUAGCAGCAUCUCCCAGACUUCGUGUGCCACAUCUGAUGCUAUCGGCAGGAAAGGAUACGAAACAGAUGGUUUAUUAAGGUGGAAAAUCUGUUACCGUUGACUUAUCGCCGAUGUGACUCUACUAACUACAAAGACAAUCUGAUAAAAAAUAAUCGGUGUGACAAGUAAAUCAGAUAUGUUUCAGUUGCAUGUGGAACUUUGUUUAGGCCGUGAUUAACCUUGAUGAAAAUAUUAUGAUGUGUUCUUUACACAAAUUCGUUUUGUUUUGUAUUGUAAUCUAAAAUUAACGAUAUAUACCAUAUGCACUAAACAUAAAACGAACAAAGUAAACACUACAUAUUUUAGUGUUAUCACAUACAAUCAAUCACAUGAACGUCAUUACCCCUCCCGUUACAAGUGUUCACACAAAGCUGCCUAUGUCCUCUACCUUGUGCGGCAAAAGCAACGGCCGAGCUCCCUCCCUGUCUCAUGCUGAAUUCGAAGCCUACGAAACACAUCCGUGAAAUAUUUAUUCCAUCAUCAAAACGUUAUAUCGGCUCCGGGCUGGGAAAGGGAGGGAAUUUUGUCCGUUACUGUAAUGUGGCACGUAGUUUAGGACCAGCUUUAGACGGAACGCCAACGCUGCGGUGUCUCUCUACGUAACAGGUCGUUGUGGUUCAACGAACAAUGAACUCAAAUAACUUUCCAGUUCAUACUAUGUUUGUCCAGUGGUAUUUCAUGAUUUAAGUAUGUUUUAUUUCAUUCAUAUAACAAACAAAUUGGAUAAUGUUUUGUGUUUCAGGGAAAUAUCUAGGGCAGUGAUUCUUGGAGUGGUACAUGGGGGUACCACAAGAUUCUGUCGCAAGAUAAAUUUGAUAUCUAAAUUUUAAGAUCCUCUAUUCCACCUGGUACUUUUGUCAAUUGAACAUGUGACCUAUGUUACGAUGUCCUGUGAUCUAAAGGUAAAUAUUUAUGGGGCGGGGAGGUGGGAGGGUAAAGAAAUGGGUGCUAUAGAAAGGACCAUGUGGUUUAGGGUAUCGUCACUAACAAGUGUCUGGUGACCAGUGAUCUAGUGGAUAAAAGGAAAAUAUCGAGACAGAUUGAUAUAUAGACAGAUAAAUUGACUGACUGACUGAUAGACAGAUAGACUGGCAGAUGGAUAAACAUAUAAACCCACAUAUACAUAGAUAGACAGACAUAGACAGAUAGACAUUUUACUUUUCAUGUCUAAGCAACCAUGUGGGUUGAUAAGAUAGUUAUAUCUAGUCCUUUCUAAGCAUCUUUAGAUAGACCUUCUACAUGAGAUUCUUGAAUUCUUGGAUUAUAAUUCCAUCAAGUCAGUAAGUUGGAUUUCUGACAUUCUUGGUGGUCACUAAAUCCAGCACAAUGGAGCUAAACUUAACAUUCAAAUAACUGAGAAGACUGCGUUGGAUUUUGUUCAGACGUUAAUAUGUGUGUUCACGUACGUUGCCAAACCGACCUGUCACCUAGGAAGAGCACUCCGGUUUCUUCGAGGUUCGGGUUUUGUUUGCUAUAUUUCGUUUUACUCAGUGCAAGUUCGUUCUGCUAUAAACAUAGCGAAUUCUAGCAUGAGCUGAAUAAAUUUGAUGUACAUCCGGACCUCUAAGAAUGCGUUUGGAUCCUAACAUUGUUAGUAUUCGCCAACAAAUAUCAUGAUCUCAUUUCUAGCAUAAAUAUAAAUAACU